UUGUCAAUAUUUUAUAAGGACCUGAAUUUUAACUAGGCACGUUAGUGAGUUAACCUAUAGGAUGAUUAUGUAGUGCAAGUAAGAUGCUAAAAAAUCGCGACUGCUGUCGAGAGUUUCCUUGAAGAAAUGGAGGUUAUGGCUCUCACGUGGAUGUGAAUGUUUACGUAUCAUACAAGGCUGCAAAAUCUCCUGAAAAUCAUGAGUAAACGCUCGAAAAUAAAUUUAACGAGCCUUAGAAAUAAGACCACUGAAUCGACAAUUAAACCACAAAUAAAUCAUGAGGACGAUAAGACCGUGUCAAAGUACUUUGUCGCCGAAAUUCUCGAACCGCAGAAGCCCAGAGCUACGAGAAAGCGAAAAUCGAUCGAAAUAAAAUACGACAAAGACCCAAAAUCUGGCGAAAACCCUCCGAAACCUGCGACAAAAAAUAAUAAAACAGCAGUGAAAAGUACAACUGGAGACGAUGAAAAAAAUGAGAAUGUAGGCAAUAACAAAUGGAUGCCGAACAACUGGGAGAAGACCCUUGAAUUCAUCAAAGAGAUGAGGAAGCAUAAUACAGCUCCUGUGGACGAGAUGGGCUGUCACAAAUGUUCAGAUGAAAAGGCGAGCCCUCCAAUUUUUCGCUUUCAGUCACUGUUAGCCCUGAUGCUGAGCAGUCAGACAAAGGAUCAGGUGACACAUGCAGCGAUGGAGAGAUUGAAGACCUAUGGAUGCACUCCUGACCUUUUGGUCAAAACUCCUGAUGAUGUUCUUGGAAAAUUGAUUUAUCCUGUUAGCUUCUACAAGCGAAAAGUCCAGUACAUAAAGAAAACCAGUGAAAUUCUCCUUCGGGACUACAACGGCGACAUUCCAGACACAAUCGAAGGGCUCUGUGCCCUCCCUGGCGUUGGUCCUAAAAUGGGCCAUAUCUGCAUGCAAGUCGCUUGGAACCAAGUAACAGGAAUUGGAGUGGAUACUCAUGUCCAUAGAAUCUGCAAUCGUCUCCAUUGGGUGGAGAAACAGGCGAAGACUCCAGAGGACACGAGGAAGCAGCUGGAGGAGUGGCUUCCCAAACCACUCUGGACGGAAAUCAAUCACCUGCUGGUUGGAUUUGGCCAGGAGAUCUGUUUACCCCAGCAUCCUAAAUGUGGCGACUGCCUCAACAAAAGUCUUUGCCCAUUUGCGAAAAAAGGAAAAGCAUGAACCAUCAAUCUGUCUCUAAUAUACCAGUAUUAUUAAUUGAUAAUGGAGUUGCCACCGCGGAAUGACCUGCCGCCAGAGGUGAUUUUUUAAAUUAUCAUUUGUGGUUCGUCCACCUCGAACGUAAAUUACUGAAAUUAGGGGAGAAUAUUGAGAACCUUUCCUUACCAAGUUCAACAUCAUGCAAAGAAUGCCGGAUAUUUUCCUUUAAAAUUAAUAAAUAAAUAAUGUCGAUCAUUUGAUGAAUAAUCAAUAAGAGAAAAGGUCAAAACAAUUUGAAAUUUAAAUUCAUUAAUGACCGUCGAAAUGAGGAGUUUCAGUGUCAAGUGAUUUUUUGUGGUCAAUUAAAUUCACAGGAAGCAUUUUUCCGCUGUAUCGAUUAUAAUGAGAUAAUUCUUCAUUGAACGUGAUAUGAAAAAUUAAUCUGGUCCGUUGAUCAUUCCAGUGGUGAUGCUAAAGGCAUGGUUUAUCAUUUUUAUAAAUGAGUCACUUAUUUUUUUAUUUAUUCUACCGUUAUUACCAUUGAAUGGAAAAUAAUUGAUCCCUAAGAGGAGCUAUCAAUGUGAAAUAAAACCACAAAUAUUUAAUUACAAAAGAAUUUAAUUAAUAAAAUAAAUUGCCAAUGUU